AUGCAUUUGGUAGACCUGUGGUUAACUCGUUCCCUCUCCAUGUGUCUGCUCUUACAAAGUUUUGUCCUCAUGAUACUGUGCUUUCAUUCUGCCAGUAUGUGCCCAAAAGGCUGCCUCUGUUCUCACUCCGGAGGUCUGAACGUCAGCUGCAGCAAUGCGAACCUCAAGGAAAUACCCAGAGAUCUUCCUCCAGAAACAGUCUUACUUUAUUUGGACUCCAAUCAGAUAACAUCUAUCCCCAAUGAAAUUUUUAAGGACUUGCACCAACUGAGAGUCCUCAAUUUAUCAAAAAAUGGGAUUGAAUUUAUAGAUGAACAUGCCUUUAAAGGGGUGGCAGAAACCUUGCAGACUCUGGAUUUGUCCGACAACCGGAUUCAAAGCGUGCACAAAAACGCUUUCAACAACUUAAAGGCCAGAGCCAGAAUUGCAAACAAUCCCUGGCACUGUGACUGCACGCUGCAGCAGGUGUUGAGGAGCAUGGCCUCCAACCACGAGACAGCCAACAACGUCAUCUGCAAGACUUCUGUGCUGGAUGAACAUGCUGGGAGACCGUUCCUCAACGCUGCCAAUGAUGCUGACCUCUGCAACCUUCCUAAAAAGACUACUGAUUACGCCAUGCUGGUCACCAUGUUUGGCUGGUUCACAAUGGUGAUCUCAUACGUGGUUUAUUACGUCCGGCAAAAUCAGGAGGAUGCAAGGAGGCACCUUGAGUACUUGAAAUCCCUGCCAAGCAGGCAAAAGAAACCGGACGAAGCCGAUGACAUUAGCACUGUGGUAUAG